GAGAGACGCAGAGGAGUACACCCCCAAGAGUUUUCACACACUCAUUGUUGAGAUGGUUCACUGAAACGGACCCUCUGUGGACGGACUUAUUUUUCUGAGUGGCACUGGAUACAACUAUAAAACAAACAUGAGGAAACUUGCAAAGGCUCUGUAUGACAACACGGCAGAAUGUCCUGACGAGCUGGCCUUCAGAAAGGGGGACAUCAUCACAGUGAUGGAUCAAAACGUGGCGGGCACCAGCGGAUGGUGGAUGUGUUCUCUGUAUGGAUGUCACGGCUUGGCUCCUGCUAAUAGACUGCAGCUUUUACCACAGACUGAAACUGCUGCAGGUUCUUUAAGUCUGGAGAAGUUAACUGAUGCUGACGCUGAUCACAGCACACAAAAUAUCUACCAAAUCCCCAGCGUUCCCCGGCCCUCCAGCAGCCCUGCCUACGAACGCAUGGACAUGAUCUACAAGGUGCCUUCUACUCCUUUAUCUGCUGCAAAGAGUUCAGUCCCAUCAGCAUUUAAACACAGCCCAGAGGGAACUGAGGCUUCAUUCAUCAACAUGGCGUCCGGUGUGAAAGGAGAGGUUUACGAUGUCCCGAAUCAAGCAAGGCGUGCUCCUUUUUUCACUGUAUCAACUACUCCUAGAAACAUGCCACGAAGCAGCUCACUGCUACCCAUUUCAGGGCUGGAGAAAAGAUUCGACUCUCAGCAGAGCUCAAGGUGCAGCAGUCCGGGGGACACUUAUGUGUAUGCAGUUCCACCCCCUUUGCAUCAGGAUCCAAACUAUGACAUCCCAGUUCCCUCAACUACAGAAGCGCCACAGAAUGUGAUUGCGGGUUACAGCACUCUUCCAAACCCUCGCAAGCCUGACUGGAUUUAUGACGUGCCAGUGGGUCUUGAGAAACAAAGUCCACCCAAAGGCUCCUAUGACACCAUGCCAUCCAAAGCUGCUUGCCGGCAGCUGUGUGGCACUCUGCCUGGACAUGGUUGGCCUAUUCAGGGAGGAAGUCCGGCCUCCUUGCUGUAUGAUACACCAAAGGCCAGUACUCUUGACAGUCCACCUAAAGUGCUCCCCAGGAUUCCCAUUUAUGAUAAGCCACCAACUCAGAAGCUUACAGAAGAAAAGCUUUAUGCAGUUCCUCCACUGGUGGAACCCCAAACCCGAGUCCUCAGUGACUCCCCAAGAGAUCACAUACCGCUGGAGUGCAGGGUUGACACGAGCAAUGCUCAUGAACUCAAAAGAGUGCGUCUGCAGAGGAUGAGGAACUUCCUGGCUUGUACCUCUUUCCAUAACCUUCCAGGAAGUGGGGACUCACUGGUGCAGGACAAUGAUGAGCGGGGUAGAACCUUACAUCUCUCUGCAGCAGACAGUCAAAGGAUCAGCACAGCAUCCAACUCCUCCACUAGCUCCUGUGACUCUCUUGCUCUGAGCUCCUCGUCCCCCGAGCCUCUGCGAGAGGUGACGCUCAGCCAGGACGAGGCCAGUCGCAGACUCCUGGAGCUGCAGGACUGUGUUUGCAGGGCUGUGCCCUGUCUCAUGGACUUUGUCAGCAGUAACUGGAGAAGCAGGGAACAUCUGGAGAAACAUCUGAAGGAGAUCAAAGAAGCAGCAGAGGGGAUUGCAACUUCUCUAGCAUGCUUUCUGAACUUUGCCCUUGACGUUAAGGGCAAUGCCCGACGUUUGACAGAUUCAAACCUUCAGACACGGCUCUAUAAACAGCUGUCCAUCAUAGAGGACUCAGGCGUCAUCCUACAACAAACAGUGAGUGCUCUGAACAUGGCUGGAUGGCCCCUCAGCACGCUCUGUCAGGAUCCGGGGCAGGCCCAGACACCUGACCAGCUGGAGCGCUUUGUUAUGGUGGCACGCACUGUUCCAGAGGACAUAAAGCGCCUGGUGUCCAUCAUCAAUGCUAAUGGCAAACUGCUGUUCAGAGCCCCUCAGAGAGAUCCAGAACACCCCAAAGCUCAAAGUCAGCCAGAGAUGAAGGAAAGUCCUGAUGUGAGUGAGCAAGAGGACUUAGUGGAGGAUGACAAUGACUAUGUAGAGCUACAGACAAAGACUGAUUUUGAAAAGCAGCAGAAGGAAGAGGAGACGGCAGCUAAAGAAAAUGAUGAACCAGUGUCCAAAAAGGCACAGGCUGAUAACAAACGUCACUCCUCAGAGUCCAGCAGCGGGCCAGAAGAAAAUCAGUCACCCUCCCUGUCGGAGCACUGCCGCCUCUACUUCGGCGCUCUCCAAAAGGCCAUCAGGGGAUUUGUAGGCAGCCUUCAGGAUGGCCAGCCCCCAGAAAAAUUCAUCUCACAGGGAAAGCUGGUGAUCAUGGUGGGCCAGAGACUGGUGGACACUCUGUGCAGGGAGGCUCAACGUGGAGGGUCCAGUAAGAGCCUGCUGUGUAAGAGCAACCACCUGUGUGCUCUCCUGAAGCAGCUGGCUGUGGCCACCAAGAAGGCGGCGCUGCACUUUCCCGACACCAAAGCUCUGCAUGAGGCUCAAGAGUUUGCAAAUGAACUUGCCCAAAGAGCACAGCACUUUCGGAUAUCGCUCGACUUGUGAGAAUGCACAUGCAAGGCAUUUGUACAGCAAGAGACUUUUGAUUUUACCACAUAUUGAGCUGAACGUUUCUUUUAUCUGUCUUUUCAUAUUUAACCGUAUUCAGGCUUCACCAGCCAGUAAAUUCUGUUGAAUGUUGUCAUUAUAAUAAACCAGGUGCUGGUUUAAAUCUUAAGGAAAUUUGAAAACUUGCUGGGACAAGCAGAGUAUUAAAAUAUGGACAUGCAUUUGUACUAAAUUAAAAAACUUUCUGAUAUGAAUUGCACAUUUAGGAUACUGUACUUAAGGCAAGUUUAAAAUGCAAGUUAAAUAUGUUUUUACAUCCCUUAACCAUUUUAUAUACUCUUGAUAUUGUUUGUUAUAUAAAUAUUUUAUGUAUUUUAUUAAAAGGAUUGGAUAAGAGGUAUACUCACUAGGAUAGUAGUUACACCCUAGUUUUGUUCAUAUCUUUGUAAAUAUUCUAAAAUGUGUUAUGCAUUCCUCAAUUUUUCUCAACAAGGUAUAAAACAUGUUGGAUUUUCACUGAUAUCAAAAUAAAAACAAAUAAAAAUCUU